UCCGGGCAGCCAAUCGGCUGCUGCGCUGCGCUGCGUUACCACGGAAACACAACCUUUGUUUUUCAGGCUCAUCAAAACACUUUUGCUGUAAUCUGGUGACCCUUGACCUGCGACCCCGCCUGCUGGUGAUAGUGGCAUAUUGUUAGUGCGAUGAUGUCAUCCUCUACUUCCUGUUUUACCUUUUGUGGAGGAUGCUCGCCACGCCUCCUAGCCGCUAAUCCUCAGUGAUCCUCAUGUAAGCCCCCUACGGGUCUCCAUGCGCGUCCAAAGUCUACGUAGUCCUCCAGGGGUCACAUAGACUCCUCAACACCAGGUGGGUUUCAAAAGUCCAGGUAAGGCUGUAAGAUCCGACUUGCUCGGGCGCCGUCUCGGGAGGAUGCUGUAGGAGGACGACUGAGGGACUCAGAGUAAAAGCCUUCGCUAUGAUCAACUGGAUGCUCAAAAUCGCUCCUCGGCCCCCUGAGCCGCACCCUCAGCGGCCCCAGGAGCAGGAAUGUGCCGCUGCCCCGCCCCCUGUUGCUGCGGUCCCUGGAACGGAGAAGAAGGCGAGCGUCCAGGAAGUGGAGUCGUCAGGCAGCAGGGUGAUGUCGUGGAUCAAAGACAGCGUGGAGAAGGUCGUUCCUCAACCCGAGGCGCACGCCGCCUCCAAGAUGGCCGCCCCGGAAACGACGGAAGCCGCUCCUUCCGCCAAAGUGCCACCCACUGACGCCGCACAGACACCCCAGCGUGAGACGGAGACGCCGCCAAAGGUGAUGGGAUGGAUCGUGGGCGGGCUGGGUCGCAUGCUGCCUCGCCCGGCGCACCAGCAGGACGCCGAUGAUGACGCCUGCCAGCCCACUCAGGAGAAGAGCGAGCUGGUACUGCUGGACCUGGAGGAGCAGGCGGAGAAUCAAACCGGCAGGGAGAACCACAAGCGUUUGGACGUAAACCAGGUGAGCCGCUUGAGAUCUUCAGAGACUUGUUGGACUUGUUCGUUCCGGGCAGGCAGGAAGAACCCCGAACGCGACCACGGUUGUCGGCUGUGGUCGCUAACUCCCGGUGCGCCGGUUCGACAAAUGAACCAUCCAUUUGUUUGUUACGUCUUUUUUUCAUUCAUUCCUUUGUUCAAUGAGCAGACCGAAGCAGAACAGGUCGGAGACGAGCAUCUGAUUCCGCUGAUGGAGGACAUCAAGAAGGAAGCGGGCCAAGUGGUCCUGGCUCACAUGGAGGGAAGGCUGCAGCAGCAGCGUCUGGAAGCGGCGCGCUUGGCGGAGGAGAUGGCGAGGAGGGCGGCGCAGGAGGCAGUCCGGCAGCUCGAGGUGGAGCAUUCAGCCAAGAUUGUCAUCGAGUCGCUGCCCGAGUCCAUUGAGCAACUUCCAAACAUCCUGGAGGAGGAAAACGAGGACGAGCCAGAGUGUCUGCCUGAAGGUGGCGCUCUAAGCCCAGUCGGGCCCCAGGAAGCUUCUUUGCUGACAGACAGGAAAAAGAGUCACAGACAAGCGCACACAUCGUCCAAUCAGCUUCCAACCGGGAUAGAAGUUGCAAAUGAAGCAGGUCUGCUCCUGCAAGGGGGAAAAUGUUUAACACUCCCUGAGAUUAUCACGCCACUGAGCGAUGCCCCCGCAUCUGAGCUCAGAGGGACAGUUGGUCACUCAGACGACGAGGACGACCGGGUGAAGGGUGGACUCAAGUCCUGGACCAGUCAAGGCGACCUGCUGACUGCGGACGCACGUCCUCCAUCAGCAGCCAGCGUUGGCAGCGUGGUGGUCCAGGACCGCCUGAGUGAGCUCGUGCGGCUCUUCAAAGGUCGGACAGAACGCCACAAAGACCGCCUGAUUGACCCAGAUGAGUCGGAGCAGGAAAGCCCCACCGCCUCUCCUAGCAAAGCUCCUCCUCCUCCUCCACCCCCACCCGGAGAAGACAAGAUGUCUUCCCUUGCCACAGGCACAGAGGAAGAAGACACAGGGUUCCAGUUUGAACUUCUAGGAUAUCCUGUUAAAAUUCCCAAACCUCCCCCAGUGCCCAAGUGGCUUCGAGCCAUGGCGGCAUUCCGCUUCCCUUCGAGCAUCGACCCGUUCACCGAUCUGAUCUAUGUGGUGUGGCUGUUCUUCGUGGUGGCGGCGUGGAACUGGAAUGUGUGGUUAAUCCCCGUCCGCUGGGCCUUUCCCUACCAAAGCGCAGAGAACAUCCACCUGUGGCUGCUGGCGGACUACAUCUGUGACCUCAUCUACAUCACAGAUAUCCUGGUCUUCCAGCCCCGCCUGCAGUUCGUGCGCGGGGGUGACAUUGUGUGCGAUAAAAAAGCCAUGAGAGAAAACUACAUGACCACAGAGCGAUUCAAGAUGGAUGUCAUCAGUCUGUUCCCCAUGGAGGUCUUCUACUACUUUACGGGAGUCAACUCUCUGCUAAGAUUCCCUCGCCUGCUCAAGUACCAGGUGUUCUUCGAGUUCAACGACAGAAUGGAGGCGGUGAUGAAGAAGGCCUAUAUCUACAGGGUGAUCCGGACCUCCACCUACCUGCUGUACUCGCUGCACAUCAACGCAUGUCUCUUCUACUGGGGCUCUGACUACGAAGGACUGGGCUCCACCAAGUGGGUCUACGACGGACAAGGAAACGCUUACAUCCGCUGUUACUACUUCGCCGUCAAGACCUUGAUCACCAUCGGAGGGCUGCCGGACCCGACCACCGUCUUCGAGAUCUGCUUCCAGCUCAUCAACUACUUUGUUGGCGUCUUCGCUUUCUCCAUCAUGAUCGGACAAAUGAGAGACGUGGUCGGAGCGGCCACGGCCGGGGAGAACUACUACCGAGCCUGCAUGGACAGCACCGUCAAGUACAUGAACUCCUAUAACAUCCCCCAGGAGGUCCAGAACCGCAUUAAAACCUGGUACGACUACACCUGGAAGAGCCAAGGGAUGCUGGAUGAGCAGGAACUGCUGGUGCAGCUUCCCGCCAAAAUGAGAUUGGACAUUGCUGUGGAUGUCAAUUAUGCAAUCGUCAGCAAGGUGGCGCUGUUCCAGGGUUGUGAUCGUCAGAUGGUGUUUGACAUGCUGACAAGACUCAAAUCUGUCGUCUACUUGCCAGGAGACUUUGUGUGCAAGAAGGGCGAGAUCGGCAGGGAGAUGUACAUCAUUAAACAGGGGGAGGUCCAAGUGGUGGGUGGUCCAGACCUUCAGACGGUUUUUGUCACCAUCAGAGCUGGUUCUGUCUUUGGAGAGAUCAGUUUGUUGGCGGGGGGCGGAGGAAACAGACGCACUGCCAAUGUGAAGGCGCACGGAUUCGCCAACCUGUUCAUUCUGGAUAAAAAGGACCUAGCGGAGAUCCUGGUCCACUAUCCAGAAUCCCAGAAACUUCUUCGGAAGAAGGCCAAGACCAUGCUGACCAAGGACAAGAAGCCCGAUGAAAAGGAACAAGGCCAAGACGAGGCCGAGGUCAUCCCAGCCCGACCCGACACUCCCAAAAUGUUCAAGGCAGCGUUGAGGGUGACGGAGCAGGCGGGAAUGGAGGGAACCUUCGCCAAGCUGAAGAAGAGCUACAAGGAUUCUGAGGGCGAGACUCUGCCUGCAUCCUCUCCAUUGCAUCAGAACCUAGCAGAGCCUGCUGACACCUCGCCGAUCAUCACAGUGACACAACAAAGGGAAGAGGAGGAGCUUCUCUCAGUAGAGGUGCCGCCCUCGGAGGGUCAGGAAGUGGAUGGGAAGAAGACGGUGGAGGAGGGUGGAGUGCACAGGAAGUAAAAGCCUUCCCAUAAUUCCUUUCAAAUUCCUCCAGACAAGAUCAGUCUGCGACCACAUAAUUCUUCUUUAAGGGAAAAACGUUUGUAGCAGCUGACAUUCAAUUUUAAAGUUGUUAAAAGCUACUUAUGUGCACGUUAGAUGUGCACAUUUCACAUUUCCAUUAACCAGUAAAGUAACCCCCUUUGCUUUGCUUUGAUUUGAUACCAAGAUCAUUCAUCCUCAUAGAUGCAGAGAAACCUUUGUUUUGGGCUAGCCUUAAACACACAAUCUUAGCCACACUGCCAGUCACCUUGGCAGAAUGCUGAUAAUGAUGAGCUAUUUUAGUCAAUGUGCUAAUAAACACAAUGCUAGCCAUGUUAGAAAAAUGCUAAUAAACAUCUAGAUGUUUUAAAGAUAUAGACAAAUUAAGUUAAAGAGGUACAUUAGCAGCUAAUGCUAAUGCUUUUCAAGACAUUGAAACAUACUUUAAUCGGGGAUGAAUAAAACUAAUGAAUAAAAUAGUUGAUUUUGUUUCUUAGCACUUUAGUGGUCUUGUUUGUCAACAAUGACUCCAUCCCUCCACUGUAAUAAACUUGAAUUUCCUUCAAAAAGUUCA